CGAUAGGACCAAUGAGGAAGAAGACAACAUUGAGCUGAGUGAAGAAGGAAGGCCAGUGCUGACGGCCAGGCCGGGCCCCCCACUUUGUGACUGCAGCUGCUGUGGCAUCCCCAAGCGCUACAUCAUCGCCAUCAUGAGUGGGCUGGGAUUCUGCAUUUCCUUUGGGAUUCGGUGCAAUCUUGGAGUUGCCAUUGUGGAGAUGGUAAACAAUAGCACUGUGUAUGUCGAUGGAAAACCAGAAAUUCAGACAGCGCAGUUUAACUGGGAUCCAGAGACAGUGGGCCUUAUCCAUGGAUCUUUUUUCUGGGGUUAUAUUGUGACACAGAUUCCAGGUGGUUUCAUUUCAAACAAGUUUGCUGCUAACAGGGUCUUUGGAGCUGCCAUCUUCUUAACAUCGACUCUGAACAUGUUCAUUCCUUCUGCGGCCAGAGUGCACUACGGAUGUGUCAUGUGUGUCAGAAUUUUGCAAGGUCUAGUGGAGGGAGUGACCUACCCAGCCUGCCAUGGGAUGUGGAGUAAGUGGGCACCGCCUUUGGAGAGAAGCCGGCUGGCCACGACUUCUUUUUGUGGUUCCUAUGCGGGGGCGGUGGUGGCCAUGCCUCUGGCUGGGGUCUUGGUGCAGUACAUUGGAUGGGCCUCCGUCUUUUAUAUUUAUGGUAUGUUUGGGAUUAUUUGGUACAUGUUUUGGCUGUUGCAGGCCUAUGAGUGCCCAGCAGCUCACCCAACAAUAUCCAAUGAGGAGAGGACCUAUAUAGAGACAAGUAUAGGAGAAGGAGCCAACUUGGUUAGUCUAAAUAAAUUUAAUACACCAUGGAAGAGAUUUUUUACGUCAUUGCCGGUUUAUGCAAUCAUUGUGGCAAACUUUUGCAGAAGCUGGACCUUUUAUUUGCUCUUAAUAAGUCAGCCCGCUUAUUUUGAAGAGGUCUUUGGAUUUGCAAUAAGUAAGGUGGGUCUCUUGUCAGCAGUCCCACACAUGGUAAUGACAAUUGUUGUGCCUAUUGGAGGACAAUUGGCUGAUUAUUUAAGAAGCAGAAAAAUUUUGACCACAACUGCUGUCAGAAAAAUCAUGAACUGUGGAGGUUUUGGCAUGGAGGCAACCUUACUCCUGGUGGUUGGCUUUUCCCAUACCAAAGGGGUGGCUAUCUCCUUUCUGGUGCUUGCUGUAGGAUUUAGUGGCUUUGCUAUUUCAGGUUUUAAUGUCAACCACCUGGACAUUGCACCCCGCUAUGCCAGCAUUCUCAUGGGGAUCUCCAAUGGAGUGGGAACUCUGUCUGGAAUGGUCUGUCCCCUCAUCGUUGGUGCAAUGACCAAGCACAAGACCCGGGAGGAAUGGCAGAAUGUGUUCCUCAUAGCUGCCCUGGUGCACUACAGUGGUGUGAUCUUCUAUGGGGUCUUUGCUUCUGGGGAGAAACAGGAGUGGGCUGACCCAGGGGAUCUCUCCGAGGAGAAAUGUGGCAUCAUUGACCAUGAUGAAUUAGCUGAGGAGACAGAACUCAGCCAUGAGACUUUUGUGAGUCCCAGAAAGAAGAUGUCGUAUGGAGCCACCACUCAGAAUUGUGAAGUCCAGAAGAAGGAUCGGAGAGAACAGAGAGGAGAAACCCUUGAUGAGGAAGAGCCCACAGCCUACCAGAAUGAAGAGGGAAAUCUCUCAGAUACAUCCUAAUGUCUGAGUGGCACUUCUGUCUUCUCCUCACCUUAGAAC